AAAAAUGAGUACAAUGUACAUCUGUCGUACUGAAGCAUUGCGCCGACAUGGAAACCAAGAGGGCGCCGUGGAAGUAAUGAUAAACAAGGGGGUAGAUUGUUGAAUUGGUAAUUCAUCUGUAUCGCUCCGUUACCCUCAAAAUCCUCAACAUAAUCGGUUUUUCUCUGCGUUUCUUCUUCCUCUUCUUUCUUUCUUUCUUCUUUCCUCUCGUGGGUUUCCUCAGACUUUGAUUCUGUUCUAUCCCCUCAAUCGAAAUUGUUUCUGAGAGGGAGGGUUUUACAGUUUUUGAGUUGCUUCGAUCUUUUGUUGGCUGAUAAGCGGAUUUAAGCGAGCGCGUAGGAAAACCAUGGGUUCAGAACAGAGCGAUGGCACAAGCUACCAGCCGUCGGAGCCAAAGCUCUGCGCGAACAACUGCGGCUUCUUUGGUUCGGCCGGAACGGAGAAUCUCUGCUCAAAGUGCUACAGAGACUCUCGAAUCAAAGCCGAGCAAGCGGCUUCGGCAAAAGCAGCGAUGGAGAAAUCCCUUCAGUCCAAAAUACUUAAGCCGUCUGAAGGUAAUGCUCCGGUUGUCUUCUCCGAUUCAUCAGUGGAUUUAGAUUCGGCGUCGUCCUCCACAGGAAUUUCUCUCUGUAAUUCCGACAAAUCGCCGUUGCCGGCUAUUCCGAAUCGGUGCCGGAGCUGCAAUAAGAAAGUGGGAUUGAUGGGAUUCAAGUGCAAGUGUGAGGGAACCUUCUGUGGGACUCACCGGUACCCAGAGAAGCACGAUUGCUGUUACGACUUCAGAAGUGAUGGGCAAGAGGAGAUCGCCAUGGCCAAUCCCGUGGUGAAGGCCGACAAGGUCGAGAGGUUCUGAGAAGGAUUUGGCUCUGAACUUGGUAAAUUUUUAGUGGGUUUGUUGCUAUUAUUCGUCUUCUUGGUUCCUUUUUGUCCCUGUUUAUUUGGGUUGGUUUCAUGGGGGAUUUGGGGGGAAGAUCUUGCUUGGUUUGCUGCUGGGAAGUGAACAACUAUGGUGAAUAAUGUAGUUUGAUUCCUUUCGAUUCUGGUAUCCUUUUCGUUCACCCCAGUGUUUGUUAAGCCUAGGCAGUGGUUUUAUGAAUUUGAAGAUGAACAAACAUUCUUCAUGAACCUUCUUUGAUCAGACAUGAAAUCAAUCCAUUUGAAUUCUGAAUUCUGAAGCGAAAGUGGUGCUUCUUUUAUUUUGGAUCCAGUUGGAAAUAGUGAUUAUGUCAAUUUUAAAAUCAGUGGAACAUGUUCUUAA